AAGUCAUUUAUAUUAAUAAAGUUAUGCCAAAAAUCAAUGCAAAUAUUUUUUUAAUUUGCAUUUAAAUUAUGUUUUUUUUUAUUUUAAAUGACAACUCAUUGAUUGAUUGAUUCAAAUCAAUACAAACAACAAAAUGUGUCUUAAAUUGUGUUAACAAUUAUAAGUCACUAUAAAAUCAAUAGUCAUUUACGGGUAGAGAGACUGAGAUCGUCGUCAUCGUUGUCGGGAAAACAAUAUCCAGUGGCCAAAAACAACAAUGCAUUUAACGGGUUUAUGGCUACCAUUGACUGCCGUAUUGAUCGGCUGUUUGGUGGCGGCGGCGGUCGUCGAUGCCUACGAUCCGUACGACGUGUUGGGCGUCAAACGGUCGGCAUCGGUGUCGGAGAUCAAACGGUCGUAUAAGUCGUUGGUCAGAGUGCUACAUCCGGACAAAAGCACGGACGCCGACGCCGAGACCAAGUUUAUUGAACUCAACAAAGCUUACGAAUUACUCAUGGAUCCCGAGCGCCGUCGCCAAUUUGACCGGACAGGUGCUACAGAGGACGCACCCAACUUUCGUCACGAACCCGAUUACAGCGGAUUCAAACGGUUUGAUUUUGAUCCGUUUGAUACGUUCACAUUUACGACCAGUUCGGGUCAGUAUCACUUCAACUUUAACGGCGCCAAUGUCUUCCGUAAGAUGACGAUUACCACCAGAGCCUACGAGAACAACAUACUGAUGUCUAGUCACAGCCGACCCUUUCUUAUACUCUUUUACGGUGACCUAUGUUUUGCUUGUCUCAAAAUGGAGCACUUGUGGCAAAAAAUGGUCACCGAUUUGGAACCGUUGGGCGUCGGCUUUGCUACCAUUCAUUCGCAACACGAAAGCAAAUUGGCCCGAAAGUUGGGCGUCGAGACAUUGCCGUACAUCAUAUCGGUGGUCGAGGGAGAGAAACGUGUUUACAGAGAGUCGGAGAUCAGUUUGGCUAAGAUUGUCGAAUUUAUUCGCAAUUCGCUACCUCAACAACUAGUCGAAGAAGUCGAUGACAAUAAUUAUCUGAAAUUUCUGAACGGAUGGCACGAUAACAGAGUGCGAACGCUGUUUAUUACUGAAGAGUCAAAUAUUAAACUGCGGUACCAAUUGGUAGCCUUCGAGUUCAGAGAUCGUAUUGCUUUUGCUCACGUGACGUCCGGCCAGCAGUCAAUGCAGAUAUUGACCCGCUAUCGGGUCGAUCACAAAAUGAAUUCAAUGCUCAUAUUCAAUGAGGACAUUACCCGUACAACGGCCACACUGUCGCUGUCCGAACUGAAGCCGCAACUCAUGCGCGAUGUUCUCGAGUCAAAUAAGUUUUUACUAUUACCGCGAUUGGCAUCACAGUCAAUGUUCGAUCAGUUAUGUCCCGCCGAAAGUGUCCGCUCUAGACGUCGAUUAUGUAUAGUAUUGGUCACUAACAAUAUGCCCGAACACGAGGCUAAACGUGAAGCUAUGCGACAAUUUAUGCGCGAAAAUAAUUACCCGAAAGAACGGUUUCGAUUCAUGUAUCUGUUUGAAGAAAAACAGCCCGAAUUUGUUAAGGCACUGACCAUCGGAUCAAAUACACCGCAAAUUACAUCACUUCAAGUAGUGGUUCUUUGGCGCCGACAGAUGGAUCACGUUUUCUUUGAAUGGCUUCCGAACGGCUGGGAUUUCAGUGACGAGCGGAACGAAAACGAGACAAAAGUGCGAUUAAAUAAUUUAUUAAAUAAAUUGACUAAAAAUACCGAAGACUUCACAAAUAACGCCAAAGUUAUGGCACUAAUCGAUGAGUCGGCGCGCGGACUCUUCGGCCGAAUUGUCAAAAAGAUAUUGAUUAUCACCGAUAAUAUCAGUGAUAACAUUACCCGUCGUGAAGUAUUGCCCGCCAUCUCUAUCGUAUUAUCCGUUUGUUUCAUAGUAUUUAUCGGCUAUAUUAUGGCUUAUUUAGUUCGUAUUGAAGAAGAGACCAUCAAAGAAAAGUAUAAACGACUGGGAAAACCAAUGCCUGGAGUAUCGCAACCAAAAAAUGAUUGUAAACUAUUGAUUCAUGAGUUACGCGGCGAAACAUAUAACGGAUUGAUUAGACUAUUAAAGCCCGGCUGUCGGACACUUGUCCUACUAGUGGACGAAACAUCGAAACCAAAACUGUUGGCCCAAUUCAAGAAAGCAGUCUAUCCUUACAGAAAAAACAAGACAUUGAUGUUUGCCUUUUUAAUGGUUGACAAAAACCGUGAUUGGUACGCCAAUCUGCUAAUGCAGGCACUGGGCAAACAUCGGGCCCUACAAAUCAAUCCUAAAAACUGUAUCGGAACUAUUGUAUCAAUAAAUGGUUUUAGAAAAUACUUUUGCGUCUAUCAUGCAAAACACCCGGAGAGACGAAAGCCACACGAGUCAACUUCUGGCGCUUUUAUUGGAUUCAGUGAUGAUUCGAGUGGUACGGACACCGAUGUCGAAGCCGGCGAUACUAAACUAAUUGAUCGACAAACGGGUGAUAUGGAUGACGAAAUUGUUUUCGAGGAACACCUAUUAGAUGGUCUGUCCAAUUGGUUGGAUCGGCUGUUCGAGGGUUCCACACAGCGCUAUCACAUACAGUAUUGGCCCGAAAAAAUGAAAUAUUAAUUUAUUUAUUAUUAAUUAACGAAACAUUUUAACUAUACUUAAAAAAAAAACAUUUUACAUCGAUUUUAGCAACUGUUUUAUUAAUUAAUACUUAAUC